ACUCGAUUGGGGUCUGGACAGUUUGAAUUUUCUUUCAACAGGACCAGUCAACACUCCUCGUAGGGAAUCGUAGCGCUACGACCAUGAGCUGGGCAGUGGAGGAGUGGAAGGAUGGACUUCCAGGGAAAGCCCUGCAGAAGAUCCAGGAGAUGGAAGUCCAGCUGGACAAACUGAAGAAGGAGAGGACUCAAAAGCAGUUUCAGCUUGACUCACUGGAGGCGGCCCUGCAGAAGCAGAAACAAAAGGUGGACAGUGAGCGCAACGAAGCAUCGGUCUUAAAAAGAGAGAACCAGUCAUUAGUAGAGUCAUGUGACUCUAUAGAGAAAGCAAGACAAAAGGUUGCCCAUGAUCUAGGGGUCAAAGAGCAGCAGGUUUGUUAUCUCGAGGGCCAGCUCAACUCUUGCAGAAAGACCAUAGAGCGACUGGAGCAAGAGCUCAAGAAGUAUAAAAACGAGCUUGAUCGCUCGCAACCUGCUGGCUCUUCCUCCUUGACAUCCUCCUCAGAGCUGCAGCCAUACACGACUCCACAGAAAAGUUUCCACACUCCAGUCCCAGCUUACAGACAGCAAGAUGACAGACUAGAUGAUCUUCAAGACAAAUACAACCAGGAGGUACAAGAAAGAAAAAGGCUGGAGAAUGAACUCAAAAUCCUGCAGGUCAAACUUUUGAAUCAGUCGUCGGCCAGCGUGAGCCACAAAGACAUUGCUGCGCGCCAAGCUGGAUCCUCCAUAUUUCCAUGGCAACAGCAAGACCGCCAGUCUCAGGACGCUAUGGAAACGCCUCUGAAGAGGCGGGGCGCGUCCCUCUGGGAGGCCCACGAGGAGACGCCCAUAAAACCCAGCCAGCGGAUGAGCUGCACCAGACCAGUGCCAAGUCCUGGUGGAUCCCAGCCAAUGGAGCAACUGAAGAACCUCAACCAGGAGCUGCGUGGUCGUGUCUCGGAGCUGGAGAGGAGUCUUUCUAGUCAUGAAAGAGAGCUCUCUAACCAGGCCUCCAAGUUGCAGGACCUACAAAUCCAGCUGACACAGGCCCGUAAAGACCUGACUGAAAGGGACCGAGACUUGGCCAAGACCAGCCACGAGCUGCGUCAGACUACAGACAGACAUCAACAGCUGGAGGUCAAGUGUUCCUCAGUCGAGCAGAAGCUGAAACAAGUGACCGAGGAGAUGAACUGUCAGAGACACAAUGCACAGAGUUGCAGACAAGCUCUGGAACAGAAACUCAAGGACCAAGAGAGAGACGGCCAGAAGGAGCUGUCCCAGCUGCAACGAUCUCACCAGGCGUUGGAGCAGCAGAUAGAGCAGAGCAGAACUAAGUUAACGCAGGAGAUCCAGCAGUCCAAAAAAGACAACAACAUAUUGCAGUCUGAUAUGGAGAAGAUGUGUUUACAGAAGGGUCACCUGGAGAAGGAGGUGGAGGAGCAUAAACAAAAGCUGCUACGCUCUCAACAGAGCCUCCAGGCCAGCCAGACUAAAGAAGAGGAGCUACGCAAAAAAUUAGAGGAACAGCAGAGAGAGAAGAACAGUACUUGUAUCCAGUUGGACCAAAGCAACAGGCAUCUGUCGCAGCUAGAGGAAGAGAAGAAGACCUUGGACCAGACUCUCAAACGUAACCAGGGUCUAUUGGAUGACCUCAAAGCAAAAUCUGAAAGCCAACAAGAAGAACUGAAGAGACUGCAAUCCAAACUGGAACAGCAGACUCAGGCUUCGACACGGGAGCUGGAAAACCUCAAGAGAACGCUCUCUGAUACAGAGGCUAAAAAUGAAAGAUCCCAGAAGGAAAUACAGAAGCAGAAGCAAGAGGCAGAUCAACUGAGCACCAGGUUGACAGAGGCUGUAAAAGAGAGUCAAGAGCUGAAGAACACACUUGCAGCGAGUCAUGAUGAGCGCAAGAACCUCACACAAGAACAUGAAGCUUUGUUGGAUUGGAAGAAAGACAAGGAGGCCCUCAUCAAUGAUGUAGAGGCCAUGCAGAAGGAACUCUCAGACAAGAUCUGUGUGUUGGACAACAGUGUAAGCACACAGAAAGAGGCGAAUGAAGAACUGAAGAAGCAGCUGAGGAGUGCAGAGGACGAGCAGGCCAGGCUGUCGGCAUACGUUGACAGCCUGAAGGGAGAACUCCUCAUCAAGUGUACAGAGCUGGAGGAGAGGGAGCAUCAGUACAAGGAGCUCCAGACUAAAUCCUCCGAGGCUGAACUGAAGCAUAACAAAGAUCUGGCAAAUGUUGCUACACAAGUGGCCCAGCUUGAAACACAGGUCCAAAACCUGGAGGAGAGGCUGCAAAGGGAAACUGUUCGAGCUGAGCAGGCUCAGAGGAGUAUUACUCAGCUACAGGAGGAGCACCAAGUGGCAUCGGACCUGGCCCUCUCCAAAGACCAGUUGCUAGAACUUAGCCAAGCUGAACUACGCCAGCUGAGGGAAAGCCUCACUCGGGUCACUGUAGAACAUGAGGAAAGAAAUUUGAGGUUGUCUGAGGAGAAAGCAGCAGUGUUGAGGCAAUGUGAGGAAAGCCUUGCAGCGAAGGCAGAGGAGGCGACGCAGAUCAAGCUGCGGUUGGAAGAAACUCAGCAAGAGCUCUUACUGACCAAAAACCAGAUCACGUCUAUGGAGCAGUUACUGAAGGUCCAGGAACAGCUUGGAGCGGAGCUGCAUAAACAAAUCAAGACGAUGACCGAUCGUGAAGAGGAGCAAAAAAAGACAAAUGUGGAAAAAAUGCAAAUGUUUCAACAGUUGGAGGAGGAGCUUAAGGAUGCGCUCACCCAAAUGGCAGAGAAGGAGGGGCAGCUCAGAGAAGGCCAGGCUCAGGUUUUGUCUCUGAAGAAAGAAAAUGUGGACCUGGAAAAUGCUGUUCAAGAAAUGGAGCUCCUCAAGCGUUCACGUGAUGAGAAGGUAAACAAUCUGCAGGAGCAGAUGUCAUCUUUAGAGAAAAACCUUUCUGCAAGCAAAGAUGCAGCUGAGAAAGUCCCCUUGCUGAAGAGCGAACUUGAUGCGGUCAACCGCUCGCAGGCUGACCUCAAAAAACAUCUGGACGCCCUAGAGAAGAGUCUCUCCUCCAUGACUGAAGUCAAGAGCAACUUGGAGAACACUCUGACUGAGAGAGUUAGACUAAGCUCUGCUUUGGAAAAAGAAGUGGCAGAGCUCAGGCAGAAGAUGAGCGACCUGUCUGAGAGUCACGCUUUGGAGGCUCAACGUUUCCUUGACAAGGAAAAAAGCCUCAGAGAGCAGCUUAAAGCCGCAGAGGAAACCCUGAGCACCACUAAAGAGGAGUACAGUCAUGUACGAACAGAAAUGAAGACCAUGAAGGCCACUCUGUCUGCAGCUUCACAGGGAUUGGAGGAAAGAGAUUCAAUGAUAAAGAGCUUAAAGGAGCGGUUGAACAGUGCAGAUGCAGAACAGGCCAAGACCUCAGAGCACCUGAAAGAGAAAACGGUUGCUAUGAACAAAAUCAAGGUGCAGCUGGAAAUGCUUCAGAUGGACCUGGAAGACAAUGAAACCACGGUCAACUCUUACGAAAGCCAAGUAGAGGCACUAAAUGACGCAAUCCAGUCACUGAAGUCCGAGCUGGCUUAUAACAAAACCCAGAUAUCGGACAUGGAGGCCCAGUUAGAGGACAGCAAAUCCCAGGUCUCUGUCUUGGAAUCCCGGCUGGUGGAGGUCCAGUCUCAGAACUCGGUGCUGGAGACGCAGUACUUCACAGCCAGAGAGGAGCUGUUGGAGAGAAGUGGCGAAAUAACUCGCCUGGAAGGGGAUGCCAUCAAACACAGUCAACCGGAAGAAGUAAUUGCCACUCUGGAGGCUAAAGUGGCCUCUCUCAGUCAGACUAUUCAAGACAAAGAAGAUGAUGUCAGACAAUCAUAUCAGGAGAAACAUAGCCUGGAGGCCACUAUGAAGCAAUUAAUAGCAGACAAAGAGCAAUUAGAAGCUGACAUGAUGAAGCUCAAUGCGAAGAAUCAGCAGUUGGAAGCCAGGCUUGCUGUGCUAGCUGAGGAGAACAAACACUUGCAGACUAAUGUGGCAGCGAAAGAGUCAGCGUUGAGGCAGCUCAACGAGGAGAAAGAACAACUUGAGGCUCCGGUCAGUUUGCUGACAAACAAGCUCAAUCAAGCAAUGGAAGAAAAGGUUGAGUUGGAAGUCACAAAUAAUCAGCUGAUGGAAGAGACACAGCGAUUCCAAGAAAGGAUCGCCAUGCUUGAGGACCAAGUGGCGUCUCUGCUACAGGAGAAGGAACGUAUCCAGGACCUCUUGCUGUCCGCACAGCAGGAAUGUCACAAGAUGAAGGGGCAGCUCGAAGAGGAGAACAGAGACAGGAGCCAGCAGUUUGACAUGGAGCAGGCUGAGCUCCAUCAGAAGUUGUCGAGUUUACAACAGGAGCUGAGUGUGUUUAGACAUAAGUAUGACUCGCUGCUAGAGCAGGUGGGCCAACAACACCACCUCAUACAGCAGCUGUCACAGGGUCAGGACGAGCCAGGAAAAAGGUCCAGCACCACCGAGCCCCAAGAGGCAGACCUCAAUACGGAGACGUCGAGCCACAACAACUUGGAGCUCGGAGUAGACUCCUUGCCACUGAAUGAGUACAAACUGGAAGAACUCUUAAACCAGCCCGACGAAGCCGCCAGUGGGACAGAACCAGUCCUCGAGGUCAUUAAACCAGGCAUGAUUCAAGGAAACGUGGAAGAAGAUGCAUUCAUUGAAGAUGGGAUGAAAAUGCAGGAGGAUCAGCAGCAGCAGUUUGACCAAGCUUCAGAGGAGAACUCUCCCAAGGCUGUCCUUGAGAAUGCUGCUACCUGUGAUCUUCUAUUGUGUUCCACCUCUCCGGAUGAGACCGCGGAGUUAGCAUCCAGCGAGAUGGAGAUUGUGCAGUUACAACACGACCACAACAAGAAAAAGCUCUCAGAGCAAGAAGAGGAGGUCCAGGCGCUGCAAUCUGAGAUUGAGCUUCUGACCUCUGACCUUGCACUGAGGAAGGAGUUGACCUCUGACCUCCAGGCCCAGGUUGAAAAAUUGGAGAAUAAAGUUCACUCAGCAGAAGAAGAGGCAUGUUGUGCAGCAGACAAACUGAACAGUGCUCUGCAGCAGAGGGACAGCCUCUCUGAUCAGUUGUCAAAGAUGUUGGAAGAGAGGGAAGCAUUAACCCUGCAGCUUCAAACAUCUCACUGCCAGCUAAGCGAUGCCAUGGAGAUGAUGGAAGGACUACAAAUGGCCAAAGGUGGGUGGGACGAGAAGUUCCUUCAGCAGGAGAGCGAGCUCAAGAGGGUUCGCUCGGAGAAAGCCAACCUGGAGCAGCACAUCCUGGGCAUGGAAUCUGAGCUGGAAGCCCUGCAGGAGGAGUGCAACAGGCUAGGAGAUGAGCUAGAAACUCAGAAAAGGAUGUGCUCAGGCUUGGAGCAGCAGAUAGAAACAAUGUCCACUGAGACACUCCAGCUGAGAACAGAGCUGGUUUUCUGCACCGAGGAGCGAGAUGAACUGAGCCAGUCUGUGGGACAAUGGCAACAAAAGGUUAAUGGGCUGGAGCAGACCAACCGUGACACCAGGGGUUUAAUAUCCAUCCUGGAGGAGGACAUCAGAACAGGGAGGAGAGAAAACGAAGCUCUGCAAGGCAAUGUGGAAAAAAUCAAGACAGAGAGGCAACAGUUGUUGGAGCAGAUGAAGGUGUUGGAGGAAGCUGUGUCUCGGCAGUGUGGAGAAAAAGAACAGCUAAUGGGACAGCUCGACAAGGUUUUGGAAGAUCACACAUCUGCCAAUCAAAACACAGAGUCCAUGUUCAGCAAAAUCCACGCUUUGGAGGGAGAAGUGAGACAGCUGACUCAGUCUCUGGAGUCUUCUCUACUAGAAAAAGGUGAAAUUGCUUCCCGUUUGAACUCGACUCAAGAUGAGGUCCAGCAGAUGAGGAGCGGCAUUGAAAAGCUACGCGUGCGUAUCGAGUCUGACGAGAGGAAGAAGAAGCAGAUGGAUGAACUGCUCAAAGCUGCUCAGAGGAAGUCCGACUCACUGCAAGACCGCAUUGAUGCUCUGGAGAGACAGAAGGAGGAGGUGGAGAAAGAUCUUGAGGAAGCUGUCCUUCAGGCUGAGACCAGUAAAGCAGAACUGGAGGAAGAAAGGCAAAAGGUGGAAGACGAAAGGAGAGAUCUCAAUGAGGAGCUCUCCAAAAUCUCUGCCACUCUGGACAGCCUGAGAUCAGAAAAGGAGCAAAUGGAGAAAGAGCUCCAAACAAAAGAUCAAGAGCUGGAAGAGCUGAAGGCCGCAAAAGAUGAGCUGGAGCGAGGGCUGGAGACUUCCGAGUUGGAUCGCAGAGAAGAAGAGGCGAGGCUGAGAUGCAGCAUGGAGGAGUUGGAGAGGGGACUGAGGGAUGAAGUGGAGAAGCAGACGAGGCGAGUGGACGACCUCCAGGUUCAGCUUGACGCAACUCGUCGGCGAGAGAUCUCCCUUGAAGAAAAGAGCACAGAAAUGGAGAGGGAGCGACAGAGGAUGACGUGUCUGCUGGGGGACUUGGAGGAGGAGAAACUAUGUCUGCAGAGCUCAUUGGAGAACUGGAAGACGGGAGGGAAGGAGUGGGAGGAACAGAAAAACAAUCUGAUUACUCGCAUUCAAGGUCUGCAAGAAGACAUUGUAAAAACCAAGGAGGCAGAGAGGGAGGCGUUGGAGCAUCUAGAAGGAGAAAACAGACGACUGUUAGAGGAAAAAGAGAGACUGCAGCAGGUGAAUCAAAAGCUUCAUUCUAUCAAUGAGGAGCAGGGGAGCGACCGGGCAGAGGAGGACAGACAGAAGCUGGAGACGGAGAUGAAGACGCUUCAGUCGUCCUUGAUGCUGAUGGAAGAAGAGAAGACGCGGUUGUCCUCAGCUCUUUCUAUGUUAGAACAGGAGAAGCAAAGAGUUGAAAGUGACAAGGAGAAACUCUCAGAGGAGCAACUGAGCCUUCAGUCCACAGUUUCCUCCAUGGAGGAGCAGCUGGAAGCACAGCAGCUCUCUGUCUCAAAGCUCAGUGAGCAGGUGUCUGAGCUGUCAUCUCGUGUCGUCCGUCUGUCCAAAGAGAGAGACUCGGCCAGUAGCAAGUUGAAUCUUUGGAUGAAGACGUGCAAGCAGCUGGAGCAAGAGAAGCAGCUCCUACUGAGCAGCUCAGAUGGCCAGAGCAGUGAAGAGGUGAAGCAGCUGCAAGCAGAGGGGAGGAAGGAGGUGGAGGAGCUGCAGGCGUCCCUUAAGGAGUCAAGGGCAGACUCUGAGGUGAAAAGCAAAGAGGUGGAGGAACUGAAGGCAGCCCUCCAGGAGGUCAACAGUGAAUUAGAAGAAGUUAACCAACUUGUGGAGGAGAAGACAAAGGAGGGGGACGACACCAUGAACAAAUACUGCAGCCUGAUGUUGGAGGUGCACAAACUAGAGGAGGCCAAUGAGGUGCUGACAACAAAGCUGCAGCAUCUGUCUGCCAACAAAGACAAGAUCCACAACAGUGGUGCUGACGGCCGCCGACGCUCUGCAAGAAGGUCCUCCUCCUUAAAACAACAGGACAUCCAACUAAAUGGCAACAAAGAGAACGCAGCUCCCUCCACUCCUCUGAGGUCCCCGCAGGGCUCCUCCUCUGGGAAGAGGGCUCAUAGAGACAUGAGCGAUAAAGACAGCGCCCAGGAGGCCCUUCACAAUCUCACCAAGAAGAUCAAAGCCAAUACUGUGACCACACCUAAAACACGAACAGAACAGGAGGAGGAGUUCCGGCCUGAGGGACUUCCAGAGCUGGUACAGAGAGGGUUUGCUGACAUUCCGAUGGGGGAAGCCAGCCCCUUCAUCUACAGGAGAACCACAGUGAGGCGCUGCAGCCCCCGACUGGCCGCCAGGGAAACCUCCACCGCACCAGAUUGCAAGCAGAGUCCACAGGCUAAAGACGCAUCAAGCAGGAAGUCUCUGAGUGUUGAAGAGAAGGACACUGACGCAGACAAAUGUCAUGUUCAGUAGGAACUCACAAAUACACUACACGUGUGUGUGUUAAUAGUGUAUAUAUACUAUAAACGUAAUUACACUCCACUUUUUAAUCAUCACUCACAUCAAAACCUGACAGUUAGCGUGCACUUUUUAAAAUUGUGUUAAGGGUAUUAAGUGGCACCAUACAGAUAUUUAGGAACAGCAAGCAUGUUUUGGAAUAGCACUAAUAUUGUCUGAAUGUAAAUUUGUCUCACUGUUCUGUAUGCUUUACUGUCUUUGGCCUGUGUGGCUUGUACAGCCCUGACCAUAUUUGCAAGCAGUAACUGCUUUUCUUCUAACGGCAGCUACCUUUUUUUUAUGUUCUUUUGUGCUUGGACUGCUUCACAUUUUAUAGAUUUUUGCAUAGCAGCAUAAUUGAAAUAGUUAUUUUGCUUUGCUUUUAUUAUAGCUUUUAAUAUACACGGAAGAUGCUUAUUGUGGAUUAUGUGGCUUUGUUUAUUGAUUGCUGUAAAUAGCUUAAGAAUGUUAAGAUUUUUUUUAUUACUAAAAACGUUU